GUCGGACUUUUCUGUUAACCAAGGUAAAUUGGGUGAUUUUAAAUUUGACCAAAAAGGAGAAUCAUCCCAAAGGCAAUCAAAUAUCAAAUCAAAAAUUGAACUUUUACCAUGAUUACUUCCUUUAAGAAUUUAAGAUUUUGUUUCAUGCACGUCGAUAAUAAUUUUAUGACAUGUAGGCUAUUUUACAGUAAGUACUAGAAAGGAAGUUGGAACACUUUGGGCGGGGCUAGAGAGCGCUACUCCUUUCUGAUUGGUCAUCGGGGCUGAGUCAUUAACUUUACUACCGGAGCACAGGUUUUUAACACAACAUUGGACUCCAGCGUAGAAAUAAGGCUUAUAAUUGUGUGAAAUCUAUACAGUCUAUAGUGAAACUAAUAGCUUUUAGGUUAACGCUGUCGACCAAUGCGCUGACAGAGCUAACGGUCAUGGCGAAGAGGCGUGCUGAGAACACUCUGCUGCACGACUCACCCUCCAAGAGAUGUUGCCGCUCUCUGUACAGUAUUGACAUGCAGCUGGGAAGCAUGGCUCCCUCCGGGGGUUUGAACCCGCCGUCCCUGUUGGCUUUGCUGGGCAGCCGCGGCAGAAAGAGACCACACUAUUUCGAGGACCCGGAGAACCAAGACGACGAAGAAGCAGCUCUGUAUCUCAAAACCACGCACUGCGACGUCAGGAAGCACGCGGCUCAUGUUUUGACUGUGCAGACUUCUGGAAGUUUCCAGGAACGUCACACCUCCAGCACGCUCACGAGCUCCAAAAAACGUGCUCGAGAAGACUACAGGGGGCCAGAGAUCAGUUGCUCUAAUAAUAAUGUGAAGGUGGAUGAAGACACCAAGGCUGAAGACUGCACCUACAACUCCUUCCAGUACUGGAGGAUCCCCUUACCUGAACUUGAUCUUUCACUGUUAGAGGAAGAUAAUGAUAAUUUGCUCACACAAGAGAAGUCAAAAGUCAAAGACUCCUUUUCUGAUGCCAUGGAGACCUGAAAAAGUUAGGAGUAGAUAGUCUGUACUACUCUACCCUGAUAUCAGCAGGCAACAUGCAACAUGUGACAACAUACUUUUAGCAAAAAGACCCAUCACAUGAACAUUAAGUUUGCUGGGAAAUCUUCCAUCUGCAAUGCAACAAGCUGAUGUGCCCAUGACAGGCUGGUGUGCACUGCAGAAAAUGAGCUUUGUGCUGGUGUAAGAUCUCAGUGAAGUAGGUGAGGCAACUCUGAGAUCUGUACUGCAACAACACUGUUCCUACAGUGUGGUCAGAAGAACUGUUAUGUAGUUCAUUUAAGCUCUGUGAGGGGUAGCCUACCAUCUGAGUAAAUAUCUACAUUAAAAACAAUUUGGUUAAAAAUAUUUUAGACAAACUUUUCUAUAAAAGUGGCUGAUACUCUUUGUUAAGUCCAGAAAACAAGUUAGUAUUUUAUAAACAUGUAAUGUGUAAAGAAAUCUGGUGUUUUUAAAGUUUGGCCUGCACAUAAAACUGCAGUAUAUAUUCAUUGUGCUUGGUUACUCAUUCCAGAUAUGAUGUUUAAAACCAUUGUUCUCAACAGUUGGGUCAGGACCCAAGAAAAGAUCACAGAGCUGCUUUUAGUGGGUUGCAAAUGUGUGCAUAAGAAAAGCCUUUGCAACAAAAAGUCUGAAGUGGAUGUUCAUCCAUUGAUUUCAUUUUACUCCAUUUUGGUGUGACAACAAGUCCAUUUUGGUUGUUUUCUUGAGAUCUCAGCUUACGCGUGUCCGUAUAGGGUCGCUGCAAUGAUGCGCUUUUUCACAUUUAGUUCUCUCUCUUCUUUCAAUAAUAGGCCAAUUUUUUGUUCUGAGGUCCAAAAUGCACUAAUUUUGACUGAAUAAACUUGAGU